AUGACCAAAUAUCCCAUCGAUCCGUUCAAUUAUCAGCUGAAAGUGACAGCGUGGACCACUAUUUCGAUGCUGGUGGGUUCCCAUCACUGCGCUGGCAACAGAGAGCCUCAUCCACGCUCGGGGCAUGCCCUACGCCAAAGCAAACCAAUCCGAUCCCCACAGCCAGCCGAUCAAUGGACAGAAGCCCGCGAUAACACUGACCAGGCCUCAAUAUCCCCACAGCUACCAUCGUGGCUGGAGUCGGUCAUGGGUCCGUUGACCAAAUGCCACAGUUUGAGUGAAGACUGUCCGCAUUUGACGAGUAUUGCGCCAGAGGAUGCCACUGACACCCGUGUCAUGGUCUGGCUGCGUGGUGGUCUUACAUCUCAGGCGGUGGAGAUCUUGACUGCUACCAAACGGUCGAUUUGA